AUGUCCUCCAUUCCCCUCUCAACACCUCUAAUACCCACAAAGUCCUUGUCCAAAGAGAUAGACGGAAUCCACACUGAGCUCAACAUCCAAUCCUAUUCCGACCGAGUGCUGGUGCUCAUCACCCAGCUUAACAAAGUCGGUUGCUUCAUUCAAGCUUCGCUUCCACCUACUGCACCGCUGUUGCCUCCUCUCCCCGGUAGGCUACCUGAGCCAGCCGUAGGCACAGUCCUUACGCCCCUCUUCGGCGCCGCCCCCUCCGAGCACUUACACGACCUCUACUCCCUCUACGCUAGUCAAGUCGCCGUGCUUCUCUGGACGUCGGAAGGUGGAGGAGGGCGCAAGCCGGUCGUUGUGGGCGUUGCGUUGCAGAGGCAGAAGGAGGGGGAAGAAGGUAGUGGGUUGACAGACAGGGAGAGGAAGACGUUCGAGGGCGUUAUGCGUAUGGUGCAGGAAUGCUUUCCCUCAUAG